AUGGAUAUGCAGGAAGAGGCCGUCGAUACGACGCACAUUGAAUUUGGACCGCAACUACCAGAUAAGACGUCGAUUUCGUCGUUUACGACAGCGGAACAAGCUCAGGUCGCCUACGCAUUGGUUGUCCCGGAAGAACGCGCGGUAGCAUCCGGUUUUUGGUCGGAAUUCUCGCAUAAAUGGAUGCUUUGGGGCUUGAAGGUGUGUAUGCUCAUUUUCUUGGCUUCUGGAGGGUAUAUCGUGCCGCGGGAGUUCCAGAUGAAGGCAACGAUGGCUCUGUGCUCAGGAUUUGACGCGCUCAUCGACGUUGGGACUGGAUACGGCAAAACCUUCUGCAUGAUACUCCCAGCAUUGCUUUUCAAUGGCAUGAUCACUCUGGUCGUCUCUCCAUUGAAGAAAGUGUAA